UUGCUCACGUAAACUGUAAACCUUAUGUAGUACAACUGUUAAUAUAGUUAAAAUUACAUUUUGUCUUGGUAUUGCCCUGUGAGAGAGAGAACUAAAGUGAACUAAAGUGAACUUAUAACGGCUACCGCUCGGCCACACAUCACUUAACUAAAAGGCUAUUGUGUUAUCUCACCUUACUACAAUCAACUUGUGAAAGCAGGCAACGGUACACCGGACCUGACGUGAGAUAGCAGUUCGCGCCUUAAACCUUAAAGAUAACACUUAAUACUAACCACGUUAAAAGUAACGCUAAAAAGCUACUAACACGAUUAGUAUAAAGGAAAUGGAAAACUGAGAUAGAGGGAUGGCCUUGCUGAGGCUCUCCAUCCUGUCGUUAAGAAUGACAGUGCGUCCCUAGCCACAGCGCAUAUCACACAUACAUCAGAAGCAUCACACUAUUCUCUUCCUCUCGGUGGCCUGCAGGCGAUAUGCUGAGGCUUGUGCUUCUUACAACGGCCUUCACCCUUAUAGCUGCUGCUGCUUCCCUUGACUGUGUCGACAAGGAAGUGCCUUUCAACAGCUCGGAGGAAAUUAAAAAGUUUACCGUAAAAGAAGGACAACUGUUGUUCUACCCUUACCAAGGGUUUGACGGUGUUACUAUAAAUUUUGUUGUUCAUGAUCAGAUUUCUCAUACAAUCUCCUCAGAAAACCUGUGUAUCAACGGUUCGCGGUGGUACAGGCUGAAGGUGACAGUAACCUGGGGCGCUGGCUGGAAUCAGUAUUGCAAGUUUCAAGUCGAUACUUGCUCUGGCUCAUGUGGCACGGUCAAGGAUUUGUCAUAUAAUAAUUUUAAGAGCUUCAGUGUUAUAGCGCGAGGUGCCUCGUUUUGGUCAGUGAACAACACUCACCAGCAAAAUCAGUGUAACAGUCCCGUUCCCACCUCCCUCAUUCCCUCUGACGCCCCCGACGGAUCUACACCCCCUGCCCUCUACUCACAAGAAAGCGGCGAGGUGCUGAUGCCAUGGCUCGUCGGUGUUGGCAGCGUUAUAGUUGUAGUGGCAGCAGUGGUGGUGGCAGUGCUGUAUUGUGCGCGCAAGACAACGAGGUUACGUUUGGGAAUGCAACAAAGUCACGCUGACGGACUCUCCAACGGAUGUCCAUCACCUGAAGCCGAGGGAGAGGUGUACGUAAUCACCAACAGUCUGUACGAGCCGCUUGGCGCCAUCACCGACACAGGUUUGGGAAUGCAACAAAGUCACGCUGACGGACUCUCCAACGGAUGUCCAUCACCUGAAGCCGAGGGAGAGGUGUACGUAAUCACCAACAGUCUGUACGAGCCGCUUGGCGCCAUCACCGACACAGCCUCUGGUCACAGGUCUGGGGGAGAGGCAGAAGCAGGGUGACGGGCUCUCCAGCGGCUCUGCUCCUGAUGAAGUCGAGGAACCACUGUACAUGAACACCUGAUCACGACACUAGCAGCCAUUUUCAGAAGUUUUGCGCAGUCAACGACCCAGGAGCAGUGUCUGAUGUGACGCCUGUCCUCUGCCCUCUUUAGCGUCUUCUAAUAUGUGCAUGGACUCCUCUACACUAGGCCGUGAAGUUUCUGCCACGCGAGGGGCAUACUAUAAGAUGACAGAUUUGAAGAAUUGCAAACACUCAUAAGCAUUCAUAGCACUGCCUUUUCUAUGCAUCUCCUUCCUUACAAUAUAAAUUUUUGCAAGUUUUACGGCCUCUCCUACUCGUAUUCGCCACAUGAUUAUGUAUUCCUAACUAAGUUGUGCUCUUGCUGUGUUUGUUCUUUUUCUUUUUCUUUUCUUUUCGGUCAAGUUUUCUUUCUCUUUUCUUUUUUUUUAAUCAUCGUCAUUCUUCUUCGUCUUUUUCGUCUUUUUUCAUUAUUUUUUUUUGUUUUCCUUGUUCGAAUUAUUGUUCUCGCUUUUCUUCUUCAUUAGUUCGGCGGCGCAUCUGUUAAAAUCCGUCACAUAAUUCUUGUACAUUUACACUCUAGGGCUAUUUUCAGUCAUCGUCGACGCUGUGUCCAAAGACAACCCACAUGCUGUCCUGAUGACCAUUAUCAACUAAAGUCUAUUUCAUCAGGAUAUUACAGGCGGCCACACCCCCCUCAUGCUCUUGAAUUUUGACUGGCCAAGUGGCAGACAAUCGCCGCGCUGGAAAAAAGUUAAGUUUUCUUGGGCCAGCAAGCUCGCUCUGCGCUCACACUGCGUCGCAGUGCUACCGGAUGCAUGAAAACACACACACACACACACACACACACACACACACACACACACACACACACACACACACACACACA